AUGAAGAUAUCACUUCUUAUUUCCCUAUUUUUAGUCGCUUUUGUUCUUUGCGAAAACCCUGGAACAAGAGUUCAUUUAACCACUAACUUUUUGACAAACGCCAAAAAUUGGGCUUUACCAAAGUUUUUCCCUGGUAAUAAAAUAGAUUUUAAUGUUCCUGACACAAGCAUCAUGGGUGUAAAGUGCUCUAGCAUGAAUGGAAAAUUAGAAAUUCCAAAUAAUUCUAUUAGCUUCUCUUUAACAAAGGGUGCUUUCCACCUAAAUGCCAGAAACAUGCACAUGUCUAUGGGUGUUAAGUUGAAUUUAAGAAUUGCAAAAGCCCAUAUCUCUCCUUCCGCUCAUUUCUAAUUCGACUCAUAAACUUCCUUGGGUGUUAAUGGCUCUGGAUAGCUAUAGGUGACAUCCUUGAAAGUGUAAAACUUUAAGAUUCCUGACACUCAAGCAAGCAUGCCAGGUGUUUUCAAGAAAAUUGUGAAUCAUUUUAUUCACAUGAUAAAUGAUAAGGUCCAAAGCAAAAUUAAUUCAAUUAUGCCUGAAGUUUAAAAGAAAGUGAAUACCAUUUUAUCUACUCAGCCAACUUCAGUUCCUUUUGGAAAUUUGCCUAUCAUGAUUGACAGCACAUUCUCUUCAGCUAUUGCUUUUGAAAACAACUAGAUGAUUAUCCCUAACAAUCUAUUUGCUUGGAAUAAGCAAAAACCCAAAGCUAGACCUCCUUUUUCUAAUAGCAUAGCUUUCCCUAAUGAGCCAAUUACAACCGAUUUCACCCUAUACUUCAGCGAGUACUCCCUCAACUCAUUUUCAUAUGCUGCUUUUGAUGCUAAGUUGCUCAUUGACUAGCUUGACUUUAAUGAAAUAGUAAAAGUAGCCAAAAAAGAAGUUCUUACUAACAUUUUCAAAGGAUUGGAUGAAUUGCUAAAAUAAAAUCCUUAAGUUAAGAUAACCGUUUCAGCCUAAAAUUACCCAUAAUUUAACAUUGCAAAUAAUCUUUUUACUACUUUGACAGAUCUUGCAAUUUCAGUCAAUCUUAAAAUCUAAGAUAAGGAAAUAAAUUUACUUUUACUUCAUAUCAUCCCUGAAUUUAGCGUUGCUGCAUAAAUUGUUAAUAACAAAGAUUUGCAUAUUACCUUGGCAAAGGCUGCUCUUAAAAAGCUAGAAAUUAAGUUAAGUACUUUUAAAACAAUUGAUAAUGCUGGUUUAACAAACCUAAUCAACUAACUCCUUGCUUAUUUCCUCCCUAAAAUCAAUGCCAAAUUCUUCAAUGGUUCUAUUCCAAUCAAUGGUCCUAACUUUGUCCUUGAAAAAGCUCAAAUCAGUUUUGUAAAUCACCAUAUUAAGAUACAAGCUACUCCCAAAUUUGUAUGA